AUGGCUUCCUCCGCGACUGUCGCCCAGCGGAUAGAGGAAGCGAAGGCCCUCUCGUCCAAGGACCCAUCCAAAGCCGAGAACAUCUACAAAGAUAUCCUGUCCCAAGGAGUGGGGACAACAGAGAGUGCUUCGCGCGACUAUGAAGCAGCUUUGAUCGGUCUGGGAGAACUGUACAGGGAUGGCAGGAGACCUCAGGAACUGGCCGAGUUGAUCAAAACAAGCUGGGGUGUCUUCUCGUCAUUCGCCAAAGCGAAGACAGCAAAGCUAGUUCGCCAACUUCUUGAUCUGCUCAGCGAGAUCCCGAACACCUUAGAUAUUCAGAUUGCUGUGAUCAAGGCCUGCAUUGAAUGGGCCGUCUCAGAACGACGGUCUUUCCUUCGACAGAGCUUGGAAACCCGCUUGGUUAUGAUCUACAUGCAGAAGCAGUCCUACUACGAUGCCCUGACGCUCAUCAAUUCCCUGCUCCGAGAGCUCAAACGGUUGGAUGACAAGGUUGUUCUUGUGGAAAUACAACUGCUUGAAUCUCGGGUCUACCACGCCCUCGGCAACCAGGCCAAAGCACGCGCUGCUCUCACAUCUGCUCGCACCUCUGCAUCCGCUGUCUAUACUCCUCCAAACCUCCAAGCUGGUCUCGAUAUGCAGAGUGGCAUGCUCCACGCCGAGGACAAAGAUUUUAACACGGCUUAUUCCUACUUCAUCGAAGCUCUAGAGGGCUACAGCUCGCUCGAUGAUUCCGAGAAGGCGACGGCAGCGCUUCAAUAUAUGCUUCUGUGCAAGAUCAUGUUGAACCUCGUCGACGAUGUGACGAGUCUACUCAACUCCAAGCAGGCUCUUAAGUACGCAAGCCCGCGGCUGGAAGCCAUGAAGGCUGUGGCACGCGCCCACGCCAACCGAUCCCUGGAAGAGUACGAGAAGGCCCUCUCGGACUACCGAUAUGAGCUGGGAGGUGAUGUCUUUAUCCGAAACCACCUUCGACGACUUUACGACGCGAUGUUGGAGCAGAAUCUCAUCAAGGUGAUCGAGCCCUUCAGCCGUGUGGAGAUCGACCACAUCGCCAAGAUGGUCGGAUUAGAUACGCAACAGGUUGAGAGGAAGCUGUCACAGAUGAUUCUGGACAAGGUGAUCACUGGCGUGUUGGACCAGGGUGCUGGAUGUCUCAUUGUUUUCGAGGAGACCGAGAGGGAUCAAGCCUAUGACGCAGCACUGCAGACGAUCGAAAAGUUGAGCAACGUGGUGGAAGUACUGUACACUAAUCAGGCGUCUCUGUUGGAAUAA